AUGGCUCAGGAGCGGGGCAACAGAAAGAUGAUCACCAUCCUUAGCAUCGACGGAGGUGGGAUCAGAGGAAUCAUCCCUGCCACCAUUCUUGACUUCUUGGAGAAGGAACUCCAGGUACGUUGGAGCAAGAGCUGACUUUCUCUCCCCAAAGUCAAACAUUUUCACCAAGAAUUCUUUCGUCUACCCUUUCUUCGAUAUGGAAGAGGGAAUUUUAAUUUCUUCACUCAAAUGUAGACCAACGUAUGAUUACUUCCAUUUUCAACCAAAAACAAAAGUAUAAGAUCUUCGACGGCCACGAUGGAUAUACACGAGGAUAGUGGAAUAAUCUUCCCACUCUCCCAAGAAUGACAAAAGAACUGUCCAAGAGAGCGAGAGAACGAGCGAGAGAGGGAGAGAUAGAUGGAUAGAGAGAGAGAGGGAGAGAGAGAAGAGAAGCUGAGAGAGAGAAAGAGAGGUUAAGAUGGGGAACUGGCACGUCUAGUCGUGGCAAAAUCGUAGUAUUUUUAUCAUUAUAUGGCACUACCCAUUCCCGGAUACGAAAAUAUGGCGUAAAUGCUCCUACAUAGAACUUUCCGUGGAGAUGUUCAAAAUAAAGACAAAUUUUAUUCCACUAACCUGAAACAGGCGCUGGACGGAGAGGAUGCAAGGCUCGUGGACUACUUCGAUGUGAUCGCAGGGACAAGCACUGGGGGCCUUGUGACGGCCAUGCUGACAGUUCCUAAUGAACAAGGUCGUCCCCUCUAUGCAGCCAGUGAUAUCACGCCUUUCUACCUCGAACACUGCCCCAAGAUCUUCCCCCAAAUCAGGUAACUACUCACAGUUAGUAGCUGAUAAUUUGAUGAUGUCACAAAUGGAAACAAAGUUCUGUACGAAACUUUAUGAACGUGAAAUAUAUGGUGGGCUCUACCAGUUUUUAUAAGAGUCUUUUGUUCCUUUUUUAAUGAUUUUUGGUCAAUAUUAUCUGUAUAAUUAUGUUCAACUUUCAAUCGAGUUAGUUUGGAUUUCCAGUAAAUAUUUUAUUUAUUUACCCCACAGUUUAAUUUUCAUUAUUCCUUCAGAAUCAACGAUUUGAAUUUGAACUUCCACGAGGAUCAAGUUUUAAUAUACUGUUUAAAUUAUCAAUUCUAAAAAAAAAUGUUUACGAAUUUAUCUAGUAAUUUAUCCCCAUCAGAACUCAAACCUUCGGCUUUCUCAAACAAACAAAACCGCCUAGAACAUCAGAAGAUAUUAAUGAAAGUGUUUCUCUUGUGACGAUAAUCAGCGUUUGGCCAUUGACCGGAAUUCUCAAGACAGCCAAAAAUCUCUUUGGUCCGAAGUAUAAUGGAAAAUACCUCCACAAGAUAAUCCAGGAGAAACUCGGAACGACAAAGGUGCACGAAACGUUGACCAACGUGGUCAUCCCCGCCUUCGAUAUCAAGCAUCUCCAACCAAUUAUCUUCUCCAGCUUUGAGGUUUGAACUUCACCCGAAAGUGUCAAUAUGGUUCCAUUGUUAUUAUUUCUAUUUUUUGUUGUCCAUUUGUAUGGUUACCUUCCACUUGUCCGCAAUUUCAUAGAUGCCUUGUAAUAAUAGCGCUUGGAUAAGCCACGUUUGACUUUUCCGAUAAGCAGUAAGUUGUGCAACCGACAAUACUUUCGUGUCCAUUACCGAGAUAUUACGGGACUCGGAAUCUCAACAUUUGAUAAUUCAGACACGUACAAACAUUCAUGACGACAAUUAACACGACAUUGACCUAGAUACUAACCAAAUGGUGAACGUGAAAAUCCUUUUGGAUGACCAUGACAAUGGCAUCACAGGAUUGAGCCCGUCCUGUGUAAAGACAAAAUAAGUGUGGAUCCGUUCGCCCGAGGCUUCAUGGGGUCCAUCACAUUACCCAUCCUAACUCCAUCGCCCUCCCUAGUCACGGCAGCGCGGAUCAUUGCUCUGGCUUCGGAAGGGUUCAGAUCUGUGGCCUUCUGCGUAUUAUUUAAAGUAGAAAACAGUUACCCUCCCGAUGAUGCCAGGGGGUGUGCUCUGAUUACAUGUGGCCUUAAUGAUGGGUGGGAAUGCAUACAGCUGAAGAACAUCAAACGCUUGGAUGUGAAGCUCUCUGACGUCACCAUCAGCACAUCAGCUGCCCCCACGUACCUGCCGGCUCACCACUUCACCGCAAAUGGAAAGGAGUUCAAUCUAAUUGACGGUGGCGUGGCCGCCAACAAUCCGGUAUGGUAUUUAUUCAUCAAGUACGAUGAAUCUAUUGCUUCCCGUAGUGAUCCUCAUGUAACUUCAAGUGUAUCUCACAGGCACUGCUUGCAAUGAGAGAGAUUACGAAGGAGCUUUACAGGGAGAAUCCCGCCUUCUUCCCCGUGAAGCCGCUGGACUACGGAAAAAUUCUAGUUAUUUCACUUGGCACAGGCACGCAGAAACAGGAGGAAAAAUAUAACGCCGAGAAGGCCAGCGGUUGGGGUGCACUAGGGUGGAUUAUCAACGGCGACUCAAACCCUCUGAUCGACGUUUUCAGCCAAGCGACAGUUGACAUGGUCGACAUCCACAUUUCCGUUGUCUUCCAGGCUCUAAAUUCUGAAAAAAAUUAUUUGAGAAUUCAGGUAAACUGCCAAUUUUGUAAUUUUACUUCACAGAGGAAUCAGAUCACAUUCCAAUACUAAGUGAUUAAUCUAUUUUGGAGAUUUAGAUUAUACAGUACAUAUAUAUACAUGCAGUAUAAUUGAUGGAUUCAUAAGCUAUGGUAUAAAAUGCAGGACGACACGCUCUCUGGGGACGCUUCUUCGGUGGACAUCUCGACAAAGGAGAACCUAGAUAAUCUUAUCGACAUUGGAAAAAAGCUGCUCGACAAGCCAGUUUCCAGGGUCAACCUUGAUACUGGCCGGAAUGAACCCGUGGGAAACGAGACAAACAGGGACGCCCUUAAAAGGUGAUGAUUCAAACCCGCUCUUGUUUUGACGAUCAACCAAGGAUGCUUCUAUUGACUUGGGGGUUUUAAAGUGAUUAUCCAACUCGAUCAGCUACAUCUCCACUCUUAACUGAUAUUAGGUGAGUUAUCACUUCACCCGAAAUAUAGGGACUAUAGGUUCAUUCAUGUUAGAGGAAUGAUUUAUUGGAACUUACAGGUCAAAUCAUGGUAUUGGAUUGAAGGGGUUUCUCAACCGUUUACCUUUGUGAUUCUGAAUUUGACAAUCCAAGUAUUUAGCAUUAAGUAUACCGGUAAUAGUUUAGUGUGAAUUUGGCAUGGACCUAACUGUAGUUGAUACGUAGAGCUGAUGCGGCAGGCCUGCUAAAUGGUGUCAUUUCUGAUGAUAUUUGAUAUUGCUAUUCUUCAUCCAUCAUUCUGACUUAAAGCUGAAUCGUCAUUUCUCUCUGCUCUAGGUUCGCAAAGCAACUAUCGGAUGAGAGAAAGCGUUGA